CGCCGAUCAGUGGAGAUGGUGGCUAGAAAAUCAAAGAAAAAGAGAAAGAAGGUUUGGUGCCGCUGAAACGAAAGAGAAGAAGAAAAAGAAGAAAAAGGCUUUUCUACCAAAUUCCAGGUCUUUCCAGGCGAAUCUCCGGUCCCCACCACUUCCUCCGUUUCCGGUUAUAGCGCAGCAAACGAGUGAGAGAGCUGCGGUGUUGUUUUUUUACUAUCGGCACAGCCCUCAUUCAGCAUUUUCUUGAAUUUUCCGGUCAAACCAGCCAAGGACCGGCCGGACUAGACCUCCCACCUCGUCACCAGCUCUUCUCCGGCUGCUGUCCUCCCCGUUUUUCGGUCCAGUAGCGACGCAGCGACGAAUUGAAAGGGAAACUACGUUGUUUUCCAAUCGCUUGACCGGAAUAUAUAAUCUCCAUCGUGUUGUGCAGUUGGGUGUUAAUUCUCACAAUUAUAAAUGGAGAAUCAAUUGCCAUCAACUGUCCACAACAUAGUUUUCAAAGAAUCUGAGUCCCUUGAAGGGAAAUUCAUUAAAAUUGAAGGAUAUGAUUUUAAUCAAGGAGUUAACUACUCUCAGCUUCUCAAAUCCUUGAUCUCCACUGGGUUUCAAGCUUCUAAUCUUGGGGAAGCCAUUGAAGUUGUUAACCAGAUGCUAGACUGGAGGCUUUCUCAUGAGGAUAUGACAGAGGAUUGCAGUGAGGAUGAAAAGGACCCUGCUUAUAGAGAGUCUGUGAAAUGCAAAGUGUUUUUGGGUUUUACAUCAAAUCUAGUUUCUUCUGGUGUUAGAGAUAUUAUUCGCUAUCUUGUCCAGCAUCAUAUGGUUGAUGUAGUGGUUACAACUGCUGGUGGCAUAGAAGAAGAUCUUAUAAAAUGCCUUGCACCCACAUACAAAGGUGACUUUUCUCUACCUGGAGCUCAAUUGCGUUCAAAAGGAUUGAACCGCAUUGGGAACUUGUUGGUUCCUAACGACAACUAUUGCAAAUUUGAGGAUUGGAUUAUUCCAAUUUUUGACCAGAUGUUGAAGGAACAAAAUGAAGAGAAUUGUUCAUGGACACCAUCUAAAUUAAUUGCUCGCUUAGGGAAAGAGAUAAACAAUGAAAGUUCAUACCUUUACUGGGCAUACAAGAACAACAUUCCAGUAUUCUGUCCAGGCUUGACAGAUGGUUCUUUGGGGGACAUGUUGUACUUUCACUCCUUUUGCAACCCAGGUCUUAUUGUUGAUAUCGUGCAAGACAUUAGAGCUAUGAAUGGUGAAGCUGUGCAUGCAAGUCCCAGGAAGACUGGAAUCAUCGUUCUUGGAGGGGGGCUUCCUAAGCAUCACAUAUGCAAUGCCAAUAUGAUGCGUAAUGGUGCAGAUUAUGCUGUCUUCAUCAAUACAGCACAAGAAUUUGAUGGGAGUGAUUCUGGAGCUCAACCUGAUGAGGCUAUAUCUUGGGGAAAAAUUCGAGGAUCUGCUAGAACUGUCAAAGUACAUUGUGAUGCAACCAUUGCUUUUCCCCUACUUGUUGCUACAACAUUUGCCUCCAAGACCAAGGCUUAGAUACAGUUUUUUAACUACGGAGGUGAGUUAAUUGAGAAACAAUGAUGAUUUAUUUUUUACAGAGAUCCACUCAAAAUUUAGGGAUCUAACACAAGACAUAUAUCCUCUGCUACACUUACAAAACCUCUACAAAAAGAUAAGACUUCGUAGAUGAGUUAGCAUUUGCUUGGUAAUCUAGAUAUAUAGAUUAAUUUUGGGGGAUUAAUUUCCCCCAAGUUUAAUAAUGUUAUUUACACUACUAUUAAAGAUUUUUGUAAGCUUAAAACCUGAGGUUACCUUAUAUUUCUUCAAAUACCCUUUUUAUGUAUUAGGUCAUUCUUUUUUUA